AUGCUCCAGCGCUCCUGCAGCGGCUCCUCUGCUGCGGACCUUGACGCUGGCCUGGAGAGUCUUUCUCAAGUCGUUUCAGGCGUCCUGGACGACCCAUGUGUAAGCCAGAUGCAGCUCACACGAAGACAAAAGCUUCGAGAGUUCUUGGUGAAGCACGGGUUCUCACAUGUGUCGGAACCCCGCUUGCCUGCUGGCUGCGCCUUCUUCUCGAGGGAGAGCGUCUACCCAAUCCAUGUAGCAGCUCGCCUCUGUGACGACAAGAUCAUCCGCGCGUUGCUGGCUGAAGGUGCGGACCCAAUGCAGCGGACCUCCUGCGGCCGGACAGCCGAGGACUUCGCCCGAAAGGGCAAAGGUGACAUCGCCGAGGUCCUGGCACUUCUGCAGAGCCACGCCGGGAGUAAAUCUGCAUCCUGGGUGAAGAGACAGACGUAA